CGUUGUGUAGCCGUGGUGUGCAUAGCGGAUAUGGUCAAGAGUGAGGCAGCGCUGUCUGUUUGGGCAUUACAGAAGAUGGGAAUUAGAGUGGUGCUGCUGACCGGGGACAACGCUCGUACGGCUGAAGCAACUGCGAAGCAAGUGGGAAUCACUGAAGUUUUCGCUGAAGUCUUACCGAAUCAAAAGCAACUCAAAAUUGAACAACUUCAGGAUCUUUCAUUUCGAGUGCUCUAA